AUAGUGUUGACCCUUUUCAUUUUUCACCACUAAAAUAAUUUAAUAUUUAUAAAAACAAAAAUCAAAGAAACUUCGAAAAUGGGAAUUUUCGCAACCAAGUUCUUCACAAGAGCCCGCAACUUCAUAGGCAUAGGACUCGCCGCUACCGCCCCCAUCGCCGCCACAUCUUCCUCCUCCUCCUCCGCCACUUCCACCUCUUCUUCCGACGACACCGACUCUUCCUACUAUUCUUCCUCCGACCAAUCAAACGGCCGUAAGUUACUGAAAACGAAGCUAUGCAUAAUCGGAAGUGGCCCUGCGGCUCACACAGCCGCCAUUUACGCCGCUCGAGCCGAGCUCAAGCCGAUCCUGUUCGAAGGAUGGAUGGCGAACGAUACUGCUCCGGGAGGUCAGCUCACUACCACAACUGACGUCGAGAAUUUCCCGGGUUUUCCGGAUGGGAUCCUUGGUGCCGAACUCAUGGACAGCUGCCGUAAACAAUCACAUCGGUUAGGUGCCAAAAUCAUCACCGAAACAGUUACAAAGGUAGAUUUCUCUAAAAGGCCGUUACAAGUUGUAACUGAUUCCACUACGGUGGAGGCCGAAUCCGUCGUAAUUGCCACUGGAGCCAUCGCGAAAAAGUUGGUUUUCGAAGGCUCUGGUGACGGUCCUGACGGAUUCUGGAAUCGCGGAAUAUCGGCCUGCGCGGUCUGUGACGGCGCUGCUCCGAUAUUCCGAAACAAACCCUUAGUGGUUGUCGGCGGCGGGGAUACCGCUAUGGAGGAAGCUACAUUCCUCAGCAAAUUCGGUUCGAAAGUUUACAUAAUUCAUAGGAGGGAUGAGUUUAGGGCUAGUAAAAUGAUGCAAAGUAGGGUGAUGAAGAAUCCGAAGGUUGAGGUGUUGUGGAAUUCAGUGGUUGUUGGAGCUUAUGGAGAUGAAAAGGGGAGGGUUCUUGGAGGAGUCAAGGUGAAGAAUUUGGUGAAUGGUGAUGUGUUUGAUUUGAAGGUUUCGGGUUUGUUCUUUGCGAUUGGGCAUGAACCGGCUACGAAGUUUUUAGAUGGUCAAGUUGAAUUGGAUUGUGAUGGUUACAUUGUGACAAAGCCGGGUACUACGGUGACAAGUGUUGAUGGAGUUUUUGCUGCCGGUGAUGUGCAGGAUAAGAAGUAUAGACAAGCUAUUACUGCUGCUGGAACUGGGUGCAUGGCAGCAUUGGAUGCAGAACAUUACCUGCAACGGGUUGGUUUGAAGCAAGGUAAGAGCGGUUGACUCCAGGCUAUACUUGGAUUUGACAAGAUGCUUCAUUUGAAGCAAUACUUAAUUUAAUUUAUUUUAGAUAGUAAAAAGCAGCUUCUGCGUCCCCACCCAACAUCUUAAUAUGUACAUUGUUGUUUAUUAUUUGAUUUGAGUUACAUUUAAAUUUAUGUUAUUCUCCCAGAAACUAAACUCGAUUAUUGAGUUCUCCUAAACGUAUUAGUUUUUUAAAAGAAAAAAUAAGUUUCAUUUCAAGUCUUGCCCCUAUGUUUAUAGUCUUGAUACUCCUCUUCAAGAUAAUGACUGAGACCAAUGGUUGCAUUCAUGACACAAAAACCUUGAUCUUGACUUUCAUGGGAAAAAGAACAAAUUUAAAAAUGUUGAAAAACUACAUUCAAAAGGUAAUGGACCAAGAGCAACAGGGUAGAAUUUGUAGAUAUGAAGGAUGGAUACUUUUUCUUAGUAGAUAUGAAAGAUCAUGCUGCUUUAGAUGUUUGGAAAUCAUUAUCUCCUUGUCCAAAAUGGAGGAAGGUGGUUCUUCAAAGCGCUGCAAUAGCAGCAUGGAUUCAAAUCGGGUUCUUGAAACUAUGUUAAAGUUCAUCGUGGAAAUUUUAUUAAAAUAUAGGUUAAAUUACUCCCAAGGUACUUUAAGUUAUUUAAUUGUAACAGUUUGGUCGUUCAUGUUAUUUUUGCUACAACUAGGCCCUUUAUGUUAUCUAAUGUGUGCACCAUUAUUCUUUUUUAACCGAGAAAAUAUGCUAAUUGUGGAUUCAAUUAUUUUGAGGAAUGUAAAAAUGAUGAAGUGCUUCCAAAAACACAACAAUCAACAUUUCUAAAUGAUUAAAACGAGAGAAAAAGGAGGCAGAUAUCACCCAAAAGAACCAAGUUGUUACAAAAAAAACUUGAAUGACCAAACUAUUACAAUUAAAUAACUUAAAGGACCUUGGGAGUAAUUUAACCUAGAAUAUAUGUUGAAAUCAGUUUUGAAGGAACCCAAUCCUCAUUCGGUUUGCUUUCAAUGUGGAUGGCAUCGUCUUAAAAAGAUCAAUGCCAUGGGAUGAUGGGAGAAACUAAUAGGAAAACAAAAUAAAUUGUAACAGCUAAUUCCAG